AGUGAGUUGCUCACAGAGCAAUAAGAAGCAGAGUAGAACUGAGCUGACAGACAGUAUUUGCUCUAGAGAAACAAGAAACAUGAAGUCUAUGGUGCCUUUAGGCUUGAUUGUAGCUACUUUUGCUCUUACUUCUCGCUGUUUUGACAGUGCAAAGGUAUUUCGUGUGAAGCCUCAGAAUGAAAAACAAGUGAACUUCUUGAAGUACUUGGCCAGCAUUAAACAGCUUGACUUCUGGCACCCAGAUUCAGCCCCUCAUAUAGUCACUCAGAUGCAGGUGGAUUUCCAUGUCAGUGCACAUCAGUCUAGAUCUGUCCAGACCCUCAUGGAGCAGAAUGAAAUACAAUAUGAAAUUUUAUUGCAUAACCUGCAAGAAGAGAUUGAAAAACAAUUUGAUGGCAAGAGGAAUUUUACUGGCAGACACAGUUACACAAAAUACAAUGACUGGGACAAGAUUGCUGCCUGGACUGCUAGAAUUGCUAAAAUUUAUCCAAAACUGGUCUCCCGCAUCCAGAUUGGAAAUACUUUUGAAAAGCGACCUAUGUACCUCCUUAAGGUUGGGAAGGAGAGCGGCAGGAAGAAGGCCAUCUUCAUGGACUGUGGGAUCCAUGCACGAGAAUGGAUCUCACCUGCAUUCUGCCAGUGGUUUGUGAAGCAGGCAGCCAGGACCUAUGGGAAGGACAGGAUCAUGACACAUCUAUUGGACAGUCUGAACUUCUAUGUUCUCCCAGUGUUCAACAUUGAUGGCUAUGUCUGGAGCUGGACUCAAGAUCGCAUGUGGAGAAAGAACCGUUCCAAAAACUCCAGCACCAACUGCAUUGGCACUGACCUGAACAGGAACUUUGCUGCUGCGUGGGGCACUACUGGUUUCAUCUCAGAUGACCCAUGUGAUGAAACCUACUAUGGACCUGCACCAGAGUCAGAGGAUGAGACUAAAGCUGUUGCCACCUUCAUUCGUAACCACCUAUCUUCCAUCAAGGCGUACCUGACCAUCCAUGCUUAUUCUCAGAUGCUGUUGUUCCCUUAUGGCUAUACUUUCCAUAAAGCACCUAAUCACAGUGAACUGACUGAAGUUGCAAAGGCAGCCGUGGAAGCUUUAUCCAGCCUGUAUGGUACAAAAUAUGAAUAUGGUGCAUCGGCCACUCUAAUCUACCCUACUUCUGGUAGCUCUGUGGACUGGGCUUAUGAUGAGGGCAUCAAAUACUCCUUCGUCUUUGAGCUCCGUGACAAGGGCAGAUAUGGUUUUCUCCUCCCUGAAUCUAAGAUAAAGUCAACUUGUAAGGAGACUAUGCUGGCAGUCAAGUCUAUUGCCAAUUAUAUCCUCAAUUAUGCUUCAUGACUCUUGCCAUAUGUACAGAGCAUAUUUUGCUUUCAAAUAGUUAGAAAUUUAUUCCCUUCAGAGCCACUUUCAACCCAUAGAAGAAAAAACAGUACCUAUUAGUAGCAUUUGCUGACCUACCGCUGAUAUUUACAAACCAAUAAACAAGUUUUUAAAAUAAGCCAACAGAAAUUGAGUUCAAGAAUAACACUAAUAUUGAGCAUAAGAGCACUUCUCAUUCUUAAGCCCAGAUUCAAUAAGGUUCUUAAGCAUGUGCCUAAAUUUAAGCACAUGAAUAG